AAUCAUGAUAAAUGGCGGCCUAAUAGCGUUUUCUAUUGGAUUGCUUGCUAUUCGUAUGGAGUGUUUUGUAUUUCGUGAUUGGUCUCUAAAAAUCUCAUCGGUUUUUCAUUGGUUUUUGAUACCCCAAACAACUAUUGGCAAACACGUGCUAUUUGAAUUAGUGCAAAUUUGUUGUUUUGAUCACAUUCAUUGUGCCGAUAAAGUUUUACGGUUGAAUUUGUGCGGAUUUUUCGUAAAAAAUUGUAAUAAGAUAAAAAUUGAAUGUGACAAAAUGAUGCAGUUCUAAGCAAUUCCAUGCACUUAAUUGAAGUUGUAACAAAUUGACGGUGUUGAUUUAAGAAAAUAAGAUAAGACAUUUGGUUUUAAGAAAUUGGUCGCUUGGAAUUAUACGCAGAGGGAAGAAAAAAUUGAAAACAAUGAUUUUCGUAAAUAGUGCUCAGGACACAUCGAAUGAGAACAACGACGGUGUAACUGAUGAAAAUGCCACACUCACAGAAGCUGAGGUGACGCUUGCGGGUUUUUGGCCGACAAUAACCGACGAAAUAAAACGGAUCAAAACGGUCGAUGCGAAAAAUCAAGUAUUACCAUUGGCUCGAAUCAAAAAGAUCAUGAAAUUAGACGAAGAUGUGAAGAUGAUAUCGGCCGAAGCGCCUUUACUGUUUGCCAAAGCAGCCGAAAUUUUUAUUCAUGAGUUAACAUUACGUGCUUGGGUCCAUACGGAGAAUAAUAAGCGCCGUACACUCCAGCGAAACGAUAUUGCCAUGGCAAUUUCCAAAUUUGAUCAGUUCGACUUUUUAAUUGACAUUGUGCCUCGAGAAGAAAUUAAGCCCGUACGAAAAGAGACGACAACGACGACGAUGACGGCAACGGCAGCAGCUCCAACCAAAACAAACUGUGAUCAAGUGCAAUAUUAUCUUCAGUUGGCACAACAGCAUCAACAAGCACUACAGAACACGAACAAUAUGGCAGCGACGCAAACGGCAACAAUGACCAAUGCAAACACAUUGAAUGCACAAACGUUGCAAAACACAAUUCAACUAUCAACCGGGCAACUGGCGCCGAUCACAACGAUAAACGCAAAUGGGCAACCACAGAAUAUUCUAGUCACAAAUACGGGCCAACAGAUUUCAUCGGUUGGAGGUGUUGUCAAUAAUUUGGGUGGUUUACAAGCAGCGGCACAUCAUCAAACGCAACCGCCCAUUCAACUGCUCCAACAGAUUGUCACACCAAAUGGAGAAAUUCAGCACAUGCCAAUAAACAUUCCGCAAAAUUUGCUACGUAUGCAAGUACAAAAUCAGAAUCAGCAACCAAUCCUGAUAUCAGCAGCUUCGCUACAAAAUCAACUGCAAAAUCAAUUACAAAACCAACCUCAAACCAUUCUUCAAAUGGCACAAUCACCACAAGGAGUCUAUUUAAAUCAAAACAUCAAUGAUGAAUAACAGAAAAUCUUUAACUUCAUGAAUCUGAAGUAAUUGAAAAAAAAGGAAAGUAUGCUUUAUCUUAGCUAAAAAUUCGUUCAAUUUUCUUGAACCAACGAAGAAAGAUACCGUAAAUUAAAUGUUUGAAAGAGCAUAACAUUUAUAUUUCGAAAACUGUAAAUCAUGUGAAAACAUUUUUUAAUCUUUGUGUAAAUUGUAAUAAAUGUUAGUUUGUGCUUAAUAA